AUGAACGCAUCACUCUGCUCUACUGCCCAUGCGCACUUACUCGUUUACCGCUCAGCUCCUUCCGGCACCUUCACCAUCCACUACCACCACAAACAGCUCACAAACCGGCUCCAAACCAGCUCCGAACAGCUCGUAGGCACCAUGAGCUUCACAGUGGAAGAGAGGGGAAACCCGAACACUCUGUCCUACCGACUAUUCUUCAAAAAUGCUGCAGGCAGCUUCAUCUCACCAUUCCAUGACAUCCCUAUGUGUGCCGAUGAGGCCCAGAAUAUCUUUAAUGUGGUCGUUGAGGUGCCCAGGUGGACAAAUGCCAAGAUGGAGAUUGCUACCAAAGACCUCCUAAAUCCAAUUAAGCAAGACGUAAAGAAAGGCAAGCUGCGGUACGUUGCCAACAUUUUCCCACACAAAGGGUACAUAUGGAACUAUGGAGCCAUUCCUCAGACAUGGGAGGACCCCGCACACAAGGACGCUGACACGGACUGUUGUGGAGACAAUGACCCCAUAGACGUCUGUGAAAUAGGCAGCAAGGUGUGCUCUCGGGGGGAGGUCAUCAGGGUGAAGGUCCUGGGCGUUCUGGCCAUGAUCGAUGAAGGAGAGACUGAUUGGAAAGUGAUUGCAAUCAAUGUGGAUGACCCUGAAGCCAGUGAAUACAAUGACAUCGGUGACGUGAGGCGCCUCAAGCCAGGCUACCUGGAGGCCACAGUGGAUUGGUUCAGAAGGUAUAAAGUACCAGACGGAAAACCAGAGAACCGCUUCGCUUUUAAUGGGGAGUUUAAAGACAAGGACUUUGCAAUCAAACCAAGGCUGGUGAUCUCAGCUGUAAAAACACAAGUGUGUCAGAAAGAGACAGUCCUUUCUGUUGCUCUGCAGAUGAGGCCAAGGCAGCUGUCGGGGAGACAUGUCCAUGUGGGGCAGGGGAGCCGAUUCCUUCAUCAGUUGACAAAUGGUUCUACCAAUAGAAAAGCCUGGCGUAAAGCGAGGUGCUGUCAAAACAGGACUUUCACAUCCGCCGCUUUCAGGUUUUGCACAAACAUGUCCUUCAUAUUAGACUGGAUCUACCGCAGCUUCAGCAGUGUCUUGCAGUUUUUAGGUUUGUACAAGAAGACGGGACGACUGGUGUUCCUUGGCCUUGACAACGCUGGAAAGACCACACUACUGCACAUGCUUAAAGAUGACCGACUGGGACAACACGUGCCCACGCUACACCCAACCUCAGAGGAGCUGUCCAUAGCUGGGAUGACAUUCACAACGUUUGAUCUUGGAGGCCACACACAAGCCAGAAGAAUCUGGAAGAACUACCUCCCAGCUAUCAAUGGGAUCGUGUAUAUGGUGGACUGCGCGGACCAUGAGAGACUCCUGGAGGCCAAAGUGGAGCUGGAUGCCCUGCUGACCGAUGACACCAUCUCCAAUGUGCCCGUGCUGAUCCUGGGGAAUAAGAUUGACCGACCAGAGGCCAUCAGUGAGGACGCUCUCAGAGGCAUGUUUGGGCUGAUCGGACACACCACAGGAAAGGGCACUGUGUCUCUGCGGGACCUGAACCUGCGCCCUAUGGAAGUGUUCAUGUGCAGUGUGCUGAAGAGGCAGGGCUAUGGGGAGGGCUUUCGUUGGCUCUCCCAGUACAUCGACUGA